CAAAAUGGCAAAACUUACCUUCGUUCUUUUGGCCUUAGUAGCCGUCGUUGUCUUAACAACAACCGAAGUUAGCGCAAAGUCCGUUAAAGGAGUACCUGUCUUUAAGGACCUGGCUCUUGGAAACGUUGGAGCACCCUGUGAUUCCGAUAUAUGUUCAGAGAUAUGUCAGAGCAUAAGCUCUUCAAUUACUGGAGGUGUAUGUAUUGAUGACAAAUGUGUUUGUUAUUAAAAUAUUAUUUUAAUAAUAUAUAAUUUUUAACAUGUA